AUGGUUGCAGCUAAAGAUGUGAGGUCAACAGAAGCUUCUACCAGACUGAAUCCAAACAAGAGAAAGCAAGGACAUAACAAAAAUUCAGUUGAAGAUGUGAUUACCAGUAUAGAUUUUAAUCUCGAAAAUGAGAUUGAAAAAACAUCUGGUAAGCUUCACGAUGAUGACAUUGAAGGUGAUGAAGAAGAAAUGAAUGAUUAUGAUCUUGAUUACGAAGGAAUAAUUGAAGAAAUUGAUGCUGACCUAGAGUUUGAUGUUAGCUCAAUAGAAAGUACAGACUCUGAAAAUGAUGAUGCCGACUUAGAUGUGUCCAACGUGAAUAUAACAAAUCAGUGUAGGAAUGAGACGAAAAGAAAAACAAAACCUCUUAAAAAGGGAUUUAUGUCUAAAUCCAGAGUUGGAACAGACUAUAUAGAUGAGGGUGAUCCAUCGUGUACAUGUUCCCAUUGUGGUGCUAUUAUGUGGUAUGGAGAACAGAUUAAUAGGCGCAGAAAUACACAUACUCCUUCUUUUACUCUAUGUUGUGGGCAAGGUCAGGUUGUGCUGCCCCUUCUAAAAGAACCACCAGAAGCACUGAAAAAAUUGAUGAUGGGUGAUGACAAGCUAAGCAAAAAAUUUCAGAAAAAUCUGAGACCUUAUAAUAUGGUUUUCUCAUUUACUUCACUUGGAGGCAAAGUUGAAAGAUCUGUGAAGAAAGGGGUUGGUCCAGAUAUGUUUCAGUUGCACGGAGAAAAUUACCAUCUUCUGGGGAGUUUGAGACCGGAAGAUGGUAAUAAUGCUAAAUUUAGACAAAUGUACAUAGCUGACACUGAAAAUGAAGUGAAAAACAGAAGCAACUGUUUGAGCAAGAGUAGCUUGAGUGGACAAGUAAAAAAAAGUGAUACUUUGAAGGAAGAAAUCAUCGAGGUUUUGAUGAAAAUGUUGAAUGAAGUGAAUCCCUAUGUUAAGCAGUUUAGGUCUGCCAGAGAACGAUUUGAUACAAAUCCUGAUGAUGCGUUUCACAUGAGGAUUAUUAGUGAUAGGCUCAGAGACGGAAGAACCUAUAACACACCUACGGCAUCUGAAGUGGCUGCACUAAUUCCUGGAGAUUUUAAUAUGGAUAUGGAUAAAAGAGAUAUAGUGCUCCAGCGACACUCAGGAAAGCUUUUUAGAAUUAAUGAAAUUCAUGCUUCCUAUCUAGCACUUCAAUAUCCUCUAUUGUUCACAUAUGGAGAAGAUGGUUUCAGGCUUGGGAUUAAGAAAUGUGUUACUGAAGCUACCAAAAAACAGAAGAAAGCUACAAUUAGUAUGAGGCAAUUCUUUGCAUACCGUCUUCACAAACGCAAGAAUGAGUCGGGACAUCUACUUCAUGCUAGACGUCUAUUUCAGCAGUUCUUGGUAGAUGCGUACACCACUAUAAAUCGUCUACGCUAUCUUAAGUUGAAUCAGAAGUCUUUGCGAUCUGACAGUUUUGACUCUAUUAAAGAGUCAGAAAAUGCUGGUAAGACUAAUAUGAAUGAACAAGGGACCGAAUUUGUUUUGCCAGCUUCAUUCACUGGUGGUCCUCGAUACAUGAAGAAGAAUUAUUUGGAUGCUAUGACCAUUUGUAAGCAUUUUGGAUUUCCUAAUCUUUUCAUCACCUUUACAUGCAAUCCUAAAUGGCCAGAGCUCACCAGAUUUACAGCAAUGUACACAAUAGAGUUUCAGAAACAUGGUCUACCUCAUGCACACAUACUUCUGUUCAUGCAUCCCAACUACAAGCUUCCAACCACAGAUGAUAUAGACAAGAUUAUCUCUGCGGAAAUCCCUAAUAAAUCAACAGAGCCUGAUCUCUAUAAUGUUGUUAAAGAUAUGAUGAUGCAUGGACCAUAUGGGUUUCCGGUAUAUAGAAGGCUUGAGCAAGAGGAAAACUAUGUCGAGAAGAGUGGAAUGAAAUGUGAUAAUCAAUGGGUUAUUCCUUACAAUAAGGAACUCUCUCUUCGUUACCGAGCUCACAUUAAUGUUGAAUGGUGCAACCAAGCCGGCUCAAUUAAAUACUUAUUUAAGUAUAUUAAUAAAGGUCAAGAUCGUGUUACGGUUGCUGUGGAACCUCCUGACCAUGUUGUUAUGAACCAGAUGGGAAGUGUGGACGGUAGUGUGGAGAAAAAAAAGGAUGAAUUCAAAGAUUUCUUUGAUUGCAGAGGUAAAGAUAAGAUGGAGGCAGUGCUUAGUCGUAAGGUCAUUGAGAAUACAAUGUUCUUAGCAUGGUUUGAGUUGAAUAAGAUCAAUUCACUUGCUAAAACCCUCACAUAUGCCCAGAUACCAAACUUCUUUACUUACGAUAAGAGUAAGAAGAAAUUUCACAGAAGGAAAAGGGGAUUUGCUCUUGGCAGGAUUAACUAUGCUCCACGUAAACAGGAAGAUCCAUAUUAUCUCCGGGUAUUGGUGAACAUUGUAAGAGGUCCUACAUGUUAUGAGGAUAUAAAAACUUUUGAAGAUGUUCUUUAUGAAAGUUACAAAAAAACAUGUGCUGCACGUGGCUUAUUAGAUGAUGAUCACGAGUACAUUGAUGAUCUGUUGAGGAGAAGUUAUGAUAGCUCUGCAAGUGAUUUACGGCAGUGUUUUGCUAUGAUGCUUAAUAAUGACAGUUUAUCAUCACCGGAGAAUGUUUGGGAACACACAUGGGAGUGUCUAUCUGAAGAUAUUGAGUUUAACCGAAGAAUAUAUUUCAAUCGACCAGGACUUGUGUUGAGUGAUGAGGAGAAGAAAAACUAUGCUUUACAAGAGAUUGAAAAGCUUUUGAAGCACAAUAGGGAUUCACUUGAGAGAUUUACUAAUAUGCCAAAGGUUCCACAAUCAAGUACUAGCGAUUCAAAUGUUCUUAUACUAGAUGAGCGUAGUUAUUCACGCGAAGCAUUGUUGGAAACCCUUGAAAGAGAUGUCCCAAAGAUGACAGAUCAACAAAGGAGAAUAUUUGAUGAGAUUCUUGAUGCUGUCACUAAAGGAAUAGGAGGAACGUUUUUUGUCUAUGGAUUUGGUGGGACUGGUAAAACUUUCCUUUGGAAUUUACUAUCAGCAGCAAUUAGAUCCAAAGGAGAUAUUGUUCUUAAUGUUGCAUCGAGUGGAGUCGCUUCUUUGUUGUUACCCAGUGGUAGGACUGCUCAUUCAAGAUUUGGGAUACCUCUUAAUCCCGAUGAGUUUUCAACGUGUGUUAUAGCUCAUGGAACAGAUCAAGCUAAUCUAAUAAAAGAAGCAUCGCUGAUUAUACGGGAUGAAGCACCUAUGAUGAACAAGCAUUGUUUCGAAGCUUUGGAUAGAAGUCUGACUGAUAUUGUUGGGAAACACAGAAACAAGCCUUUUGGUGGAAAAGUUGUUGUUUUUGGAGGGGAUUUUAGGCAGAUUCUACCAGUAAUAAAUGGAGGUGGUCGGGCAGACAUUGUUAUGGCAACAUUGAAUUCUUCUUAUCUAUGGGAGCACUGUAAAAUUCUUAAACUCGCAAAGAAUAUGCGGUUGUUAUCUGGUUGUUUGACAACAACUGAGGCAAAGGAUCUUAAGGACUUCUCAAAUUGGAUAUUAAAAUUGGGGGAAGGCAAACUCGGAGAGCCUAAUGAUGGCGAAGCUGAGAUUGAAAUCCCUUCUGAGUUUUUGAUUACCAACUCUGAAGAUCCUAUAGAAGCUAUCAGUAAAGCCGUUUAUGGUGAUUAUGUAUCCUUACAAGAAAACAAAGAGCCCAAAUUCUUCCAGGAAAGAGCUAUUAUAUGUCCUACCAAUGAAGAUGUGAAUAUGGUCAACGAUUUCAUGUUGGAUAAGCUUGAUGGUGAAGAGAAAAUAUAUACCAGUGCAGAUAGUAUUGACCCUAUUGAUAAAAUUUCAUUGAAUGAUGAAGCUCUAGGUCCUGAUUUUCUCAACAAAAUCAAGGUUUCUGGUUUGCCAAACCAUAGUCUUAGGCUGAAGGUUGGAUGUCCUGUUAUGGUUCUAAGAAACAUAAAUCAUGCAGCUGGCUUGAUGAAUGGAACAAGACUACAGAUCACUGCACUUAUGGAUUUUAUGGUUAAAGCUAAGAUCAUUACUGGAGAGAAGGUCGGGAAAACAGUAUAUAUUCCUAGAUUGUUGAUAACUCCAUCAGACACCAGAUUGCCUUUUAAAAUGCGCAGAAGACAAUUGCCUCUGGCUGUGGCUUUCGCAAUCACGAUUAAUAAAAGUCAAGGGCAAUCACUAUCUCAAGUUGGUCUAUUUCUACCUAGACCUGUAUUUUUACAUGGACAACUAUGCGUGGCUGUUUCAAAGGUCACAUCAAAGAAAGGACUGCAAAUUCUGAUUGUCGACAAAGAUGGUAAAGCUAAAAAAACAACUACUAAUGUUGUUUUCAAAAACGUUUUUAAUAACCUGCAAGAGGAUGAGUGA